AUGUCAUUUGAUGGGUUCUGGAGUCCCUGGUCAGACACAGUAUCAGCUGUAACUCCCUAUUCUUCAGGUGAAAUAAAUCUCCGCUGUUCGACCGCUGACCUCCAAAGCAUAACCUGUCAAUGGAAAGUGAACAAAACUGAGGCUGAUACUCUGUAUAGUCUGUACUACCAGACAAGUAGAGAGUUGGUUUGGAAGAUUUGCGGCAAUCAAAGAAACUCUACCAUUGGUUAUACUAUCAUCUACCGCUGUACGUUUGCGACCUCUGACGUUAAUGAGACUUCUAUCAUCGUUAAUGCAUCCAACCCAUAUUACACACAGACAUUUUACGAAGAGCAUUUCAGGACUGAUAAUGUUGUUCGGCCAGAUGCCCCGAGAAUUGUGAAAACUGUCAGCACAGUUGGUGGGAAACUGCGUCUCAUUUGGGAGCCACCAAUCACCAAACUGUUGGGUCAUAUGAUUUAUCAGAUCAGGUAUUCUGAACAGAACGGCACAAGCUGGAAGACUCUACUUAUCCAGAAGCAAUUGCAAAGUGAGAUGCUUGACCUUCCCCACAGUAAAACCUAUUACAUGCAGCUCAGAACCAAACCAAAUGGAAUUAAGUACAAAGGCUUUUGGAGCAGCUGGUCAGAUACUUUCACAGCAACAAUUCCAGGCCCUAUGGGUGUGACUACUGUGGCCCUUAUUACUGGAUCUGUACUUCUGCUGGUGAUAGCACUAAUUAUGCCACGUCUCAUCUUUCCAAACGCCUACAGUAAUGUGAAGAAAAAACUAUGGCCACAGAUUCCAAACCUGGAUAGGCUGCUGGAAGGAUAUCUCAGUGAUUUUCAGAAAUAUCCCCAACCCGCUUGUGACAAGCAUGCCGAUGAUGAGCUACUCCCUUCGGUUCUGGAAAUUAUUUCAGAACGAAAGGGAAGGAAUAGUGCAAGAUGUGUGGAAAAGCAAGAGGAGGUUUGUCAGACUGACCACCUCAGUGCAUCCUCCAUUAUCCGGCAACAUCGAGCAUCAGUGACUGACGGGACGCUACACGGCGAAACUAAGAGUUCCAGCAACUCCAGUCAGAAUUAUAUUCUUUUGGAUCUGCAAGGUUCAUUGCCUUUUCUUCAGGAAGAUAUUGAUUUUGAUAAGAAAGACAAAUCCAGUUCUUUCCAGGAAUCUCAGUCUCUGCAGUGGCUGCACAACCCUAACUCUAAGAAUCAGAACAAAACCAUCCAAAAGGACAUUCACUGGAUCAAACCGCCCCCCUUCUCAGUGCAAUCAAUCAAUUCCAUCGGCACCAAACAACAAUCCCUAACACCACUGGUCUGUUAUGAUGAUAUGUUCACUUUCUUUGGUCAUUUCCGUUUCCCGGUGUCGGUUGAUUAUCGAUCAAUGAGUGCAAUGGACAUUUCAAACCAUUCAUAUCUCAUGGCUUCAGACUUCAAACCAGGUAUUUUCUCAUUACGGAGCUCAUUGGCCAAAGAAUAAAAAAAGCAUCCGGAAAAGUCGAAAGUAAUAAUACAAGCAUCAUACAAGCAUCGCGCACUGCGACAGCAAACAAAUCACCAAAAUUACUGAUUUACUGAUUUGGGUGAUUGAAAAGGGUUAUGAACCUUAAUUUUUAUUUUUUUACUUGGAAUGCUUAGCUUAGCUUCUCCUCCCUCGGUGUGGAAAGAUUUUUUUAAAAAAAGUAGUGACUUCUUAAUAUUUUUCAUCAACUGAAGAAUAAAUCACCACAGUGGUGUGGCAUAUGUGCAACAUAUAUGAAUGACUCCAACGAUGAUACGCCAUUAAAUAAAGCGAGUCAGUCAGGUUUGUUUAUACUACAUUCUUCUGUUUGUGUACAUGUAACACAACAUAGAUCUCAGUAGAACAUAUGGAUACACUUGCUAUAAUACUUCCACUUUGAUGACUUGGGUGAAGUUUGGGAUUGAAUGCUAAAGCAUUUCCUGUGUAGCUUUCACUGAGCAGCGUUGUUGUUGACAUCAGUGGAGAGGCUGACUGGAGGAAACCUGAAAUGGAGCGGAAUUUAAAUGAUCAAAUCAUCUCCAAUUCGAUCAAAUUGUCUCCAUUUGAUUUCUAAGAAGUGGCAAAUUGGAUAUUUUUAAAACUGUGGGAAUGCGGAGGACGAUGCAGUGAUCUUAGACUGAUGACCCAAAAUGUUCUCUCUGCUGAGUGGAUCGCAUAUGAAACAUGUUUGGGAACUCUCAACCAUGGUUUUAGUGGGCGUACCUCACAUCACAAAACUACACAAAAUUCAUCACAAGUUGAUACUAAAUUGUCAUCUCACUCGGAGACCCAAAGGAUGGCUGGCAGAGAAUCUAGAAAUACCAUUCAAUCUUUGAAGAAUUCAUGAAUUCUCCACCCUAAAAUGAUUACACAUCAUAUUUCUCUCAUAAACUGAUACAGUUGAUUCUGCAAUACUUCAACUGCUGAAAUAUUAUUUUAUAACACGGUUAUAUAAAUGACUUGUUUGAAUUACAAUCAAUAGAAUUUCAAUUUGUUACUUUCCUUCUCUUAUGAUAUUUAUUUAAGGCAUUCUAAUAGACUCAAUUAUAUGUGGCAUUAACCAAUUAAAUACCGUUCUGCAUUUAUACUUUGUUAAAGCUUGGAUUGAUUCUAAUGCAUUUAAAGUGUCCUGUCCCGGAGCUCUGUAUUGUGCUGCUCUGAGCUCCCCUGCUUAAAUAAUUGAAUAAAGUAACAAUGAAACCGA